AUGAGUAUAAUGAAUGAAAUCACGAAAAUAAAUGAAUUACGUCAGAUGAUUCAUACAUGUGGUACGUCGCAACAGUUCAGUUAUGCUGUACUUUGUUGGUUCAUUCAAUAUUAUUGUCGUUUCGUGCAGCCAAACACGGACAUCGAUAAAACAUUUAUUCAACUAAUCGAACAUGAUCUUAAACAAGAAUUGAUUCAAUCAUUUACACUCGUGGGUUAUCGUCUGAUUCUUUCGUUAUGUUCGAAUUUCUCACCAAAUUCUUAUUUUCAUCUACAACCGGAAAUGGUAGCUAACCAAAUCCAUAAACGCUUACUUGCUCUCAACGUUGUGGCUGUAUUUCUUUCGUUUAAAAUACAUCGCAAAAUAACAUUCUUCGAACAUUUGCUUUUCAACGAACAACGACAAGUGCCUAACAACUAUUUGCAACAUCUUUCGUCGAUGUGUUUACCAGGUUUGACUAUCAGUGAUCCAGUUAUCACGCAAAUGAUCGAUGUUCGAACACAAGUUCAAGAUCGACUUAAGCGUGGAAUUGUUCAUGCCGGUGGCAAAUUCAUUUUUCAAUGUUCACGCGAUUGUCCUUGGAUGUUUUAUUUUCAAGAUUGUGGUGUACCGAACGAUCGAUUUAUCUGUCCGCUCUGUCGAAAACCGAUCGGAGCUGAACGGUACAAUGUUCUGAUCGUGCGUGAUCCUCCGCAAAUCCAACUUCCAGUUAAUGAAGGUCUUGGUAUCAUUAAUCAACGGAUAGAACAAUAUCAUCAAACAAAUCGUCUUGGUUAUCAUAAUAUUAAAACUGCGGAAACCAGUGCAUUUGGUGAAAAAUCUGAUCAUCUCAAUCGACCUGUUUCGUUUCGUUUCAUUCAUAUGCUGACUCAUGGUCUCCUUCUUUUCUUACAUGAUUCAGAUUAUUUAAGUAAUGAUGAUUUAAUUAAAGGUUUAAAAUUAUCCAGUAAUACACAUUUUCGUGAUCAUUUCGAAAAAGACUACACACUUCUUGCUCAAGUAUCAACUGAUCAACAACAAAGUUACUUAUGGUUGUAUAAACUUCUUAACCAUCUUGUACACGACGACUUUGCUCGGUGUGGUGUGUUCAGAAGUAANCGAGUGGAAAAGAUCAUGCAUCCGAAACAACACCUAUUCAUACAUUUGUUGAACAUCAUAUUUAUGCUCAUGCAUGUUUGA